GAAACAAAAAACCGUAUCCGUUUUUUCGCAAAGCACAGGAGGAAACCACAUGCUGACUGGAGUGAACAUAUAAACGAAAUUUGUUAUUGCACCUUUGCUAAGCUCUCCUGCAUUGAUUGGAGAAGACCAUGGUGGUGAAGAAGAAGGCUGCCAAAGUGGAGGCUGCAGUGUUGGAUGAGGAGAAGCUAAACAGGCUUAUAGCAUCUCUCUGUAUCAGUGGAGGAGAUGAGGAGGCGGGACAGGUCGCCCAGAGCCUGCAGUCCUUCCUGCAGCUUACAGAUCCAGUGCAGCAGGUCCAGCUCAUUAAAAAGACAGGGUCCCAGUUGGAGGUGCUGACAGAGGAGCAUUCUGAUGGCAUUCUGGAUGCUUGUCUUCACACACUAUCAGUGGUCUACACCACCCUGCAGGCCAAGAACCCGCUGCGGCGUGCUAUUGCCAGUGUUUUAGGUUCAGUACCUGAGUGGCUUCAGGAGCGGGCCAACGACAGUUUGUGCGGCUGUUUGUCUGAUUGUAUGAACAGGUCGUCUUCAGACCGAUAUCCACAGAUUGUUGACAUCAUCGCUACUUGUCUGGAUGGUUUCCCUCUUGGUGAGAAGUGCAUCAACAAGCUUUUACCUGAAGUGCUGAAGUUUCUCCACAAGGUUUUGGAAGAUCACCCUCGGCGAAACAGCGGUCUUGCAGGCCGUCACAUUGCUCAGGCCCAGCUCAUGCAGUCCUGCCUUUCUGCGGUGAAGACCUCCAUGCAGGUGCUUCAGAGAUCUCAGGACACCUUGAGCUCUGCUCUGCAGGCGGGACAGGAUGACGGCGGGCUGGAGGACACGCUCUGCAGCCUGCUGGGCUGCUACAUCCACAUCCUCACUGAUGAGGAGUUCAUUCAGUCCGUCCAGAGUACAGCUGGGAUGGCGGUGGUGUUGCUGCUCAGGUCUGUCAUGGGGGCUGGAGAAAAAGUUUCUGGUGUGGUGUGCGGUCUGCUGCUGGGUUCUACUCCAGGUUUGGGUUCAGCUCCUCUGUUCCUGAAGCGCCGCUGUGAGUCUCUCUGCGUUGGCGUUCGCCCCUCGGCGGUCUCUCUGUACCUCUGUCAUGGCGCUCUGGCCAUGCUGAACUGGAAGAGCGCCCCCCCAGGGCCGCAGGGGGAAAGGCUGCUGCUGCUGGUGCCGGACGCCCUGCUGGACUUAGACGUCAGUGUGAAGGAGUCCAGCACCGCCAUGGUGGUGGCGCGGGUUUUAACUCUGUGGAGCGCUGCAGCUCUGGACCGCCUGCAGGGGGAGCCACGCCUCUGCUCCCCCAGCCUCCAGAACGCCCUCAUUGGAGGAUCUGAAUUGCAGCGCCGCCUGCUGGAACACGUCUACUCCCACUGGGAGCAUCCGCUGGACGGGGUCCGCCAUCAGACCCGUUCCCUGUUCCGUAACCUCCUCCUCCUCCACCAGCACGCCACCCCGUCCGUCCUCCACCCGCACGAGGAUCCGUACAUCAGCCAGCUCACUCGCAGCCUCCUGGCUCUAGAGUGGCACAUGAGGGGGAAGUACGGCUCUCUGAGCUGCCUGGUGGAGCUCUACGGGGCGAAGCACCUGCUGGACGUUGAUCCACAGCUGCCGACCUGUCUGCUGGGUUUGAUGGGCGACCAGACGCUGGCUCCAUAUGCCAGCGACCUCCUGGAGAGGCUGUUUGUGUGCCACAAGGCCCAGCUGGCAGCAGAAGCCGAGGACUGGAUGGAGAGCUGGCACCAGACGUGGGUGAGCCCCCUGCUGCGCGUCCUCUGCGGCGCCAGACCGGAGCAGACCACCUACACCCUGGACUACUUCCUGCCCAAGCUGCUGCGCUGCAGCCCCUCCUGCCUGACGCACAUGGUGCAGGUCCUGCAGAACAGCCCUCCCUGCACGACAGUGUCUUCAGGGAGCAGGGGUCCCUUGGGGGCGUUAAUGACCUGCCUGCGAGCAGCAAGGGCUCAGGGGGUCGCUCCGCCCUCGGGGAAGGCUCUGUGGGGAGGCCUGGUGCCCCUCCGGCUGCUGCGGAGUGCGCUGGUUCACAAACACGACCAGGUGAGGAUGGACGCUUUGGGGCUGGUGUGUGAGAGCCACCGCAGCACUGAGGUUCUGACUUUACACGAAAUGGAGCUGAGUCGGCAUUUCCUCCCCCCCAACCUGAACAGCCAGUCACCAGGCGUCCGGCAGCAAACAGUCAGCCUGCUGAAGAAGAUGCUCUGCAGAAUGAGGGACAGCACUCAGCUGUUGCAGAAGAAGCUGAUCCAGGAGGCAGAUGAGGAGCAGAGAGACGGAGUCCAGGCCUCCCUGCAUCAGUAUAAGGAGUUUCUGCGCUGGCUCUGCGUCAGCCUGCUGGACUCUUUGUACCCUGGAGCGUCCUUCUCCAAGUGCCUCAUGUCCCUCCAUCUGCUGGGUUUGCUGGGCCAGUUCUUUACCUUCAGCACUGACCCGGAUGUCUUCGCCCUCGGGGAGGUUGUGACGCCCGCACACGCUCAGAACGUCCUCCACUGCGUUGCCAGUAACUUCCUGGAGGUCAAACAGCUGGCCUCCGUGGUGGUGCGUCAGCUCCCCCCAGCAGCUGUUGGACUUCAGGAUGUUGAGAGAAUGCGCUGCAUUCUGCAGGCGGCUCUGGACCUCAGUACCAGCAACAAACCCUUUGACAGCGUCACAGCCGCCCAUCUGCUGCACCUGCUGCUGCACCAGCCGGACCUGACCAGGGCUCUCGUAUGCUGCUCCCCGGAGGGGGACCUCCCCCUCCAGCCGGCCUCCCCGCCACCAGGGGCUCCUGAGGCCGUCAUCUUGGAGCUCAACACUCUGGCCGUGGUUCAGUUCUUGCUGCACCGCCUGCAGUCCGAGGUCUCCAGAGCUGAGUCGUCUCUCCUGCAGGCCGCCGCUUCCUUUCCUCUCUACGGGCGCGCCCACUGCAUCACCGCGGUCCUGCAGCGCCUGGACACGAAGAGUUUGAUGCAGACGGAGCAGUGGAGAUCUCUGGUGGCACAGCUGAUCGCGGUGUGCUACAGGAUGUCUGAUGUUGUGUCCCCUGUAGUCCAGAGCUCGUCACCAGAAGGGCUCAUCCCCAUGGAUACAGAGUCAGAAACCUCUGAAGGCCUGCAGACGAUCCUGCAGGAGAUUCAGCCCAGAGACUCCAACGACUUCUUCAACAGGGCCAGAGAGUUGGAGAGCAGUCAGCCAGAUGCUCGCACUCUAUCCCAGAGCGCACAAAGACCGACACUCCACACAGCUCCAGGUGCUGAGGGUUACAGAGUGACGGCUCAGAUGGUGCUGGUUUGCUGCUGGCGGAGCAUGAAGGAGGUGGCCAUGCUGCUGGGGCAGCUGUGUCAGAGUCUACCCCUGCAGCACGCCGAUGGAAGCGAGCGCCCACACUGCGGCCUCAUCACAGAGGAGCAGGUGGAGGGUGUCGGCCUGUACUUCCGUCAGCAGCUCCUGCAGUCCCGUCACCGUGGCGCCUUUGAACUGGCUUAUGUGGGCUUUGUGCGCCUCACCGACAUGCUGUGCAGGAGUGGGAGUCGUGUCCUGCAGCAGCUUCCCUCCCGUUGGCUGUCCGAGGUCCUAGAAGAGGUCAAGUGCAGUGACCCGUCCUCCAAGCUGUGUGCCACUCGUCGCAGCGCUGGGAUUCCUUUUUACAUCCAGGCUCUGCUUUCCUCUGAGCCCAAAUCUUCCAGCUGCAGUUUGUUGAAGAUGACCAUGAGGGAGCUGACAGCUCUGGCCAUGCCCUCUGCUGACAGGAACACCGACAGCUCUACAGUCCCUCAGGUCCAUGCUCUGAACAUCCUCAGGGCUCUGUACAGGGACACUCGUUUGGGGGAAAACAUUAUUCCGUUUGUGUCAGAUGGCGUACAAGCGGCUGUGCUGGGCUUCACCUCUCCUGUCUGGGCAGUGAGAAACUCCUCCACUCUCCUCUUCAGCGCUCUGAUUACACGAAUCUUUGGAGUGAAGAGAGGAAAGGAUGAACACUCUAAGAAAAACAGGAUGACUGGUCGGGAGUUUUUCACCCGUUUUCCGGCCCUCUACCCGUUUCUUCUGAGCCAGUUGGAAGAAGCUGCAGCCACAGUGGAAAGUGAUAGUGGUCAUGUGAAGCUACACCCCAGCCUGUUUUUGCUGCUGCUGGUGCUCAGUCGCCUUUACCCCUCCCCCAUGGAUGGAUCCUCUUCCCCUCUGGGACUUGCCCCCUUCAUGCCCUUCAUCAUGAGAUGCGGCCGCUCCGCCGUGUACCGGACCAGAGAAAUGGCCGCUCGCGCUCUCGUCCCGUUCGUGCUGGUCACCCAGGUGCCGUCCACUGUCGGUGCUUUACUGCAGGAGCUGCCUUCAGGCCCGGGACCAACAAUCCAACACAACCGCAUUCACGGCACUCUGCUGCAGGUGCUGUUUCUACUGCGCUCCUUCCAGAUAGACUCACACCGGCCCCUGCCAGAAAGCAGUGGCAUUGGCGAAGCCCUCUGUCAGCACAUGUGGCUCGCUUCUCGGCAGAAUGGCUGUUUGGUGACCAGAGGAGCCUAUUUGAAUGUGGUGUUGUGUCUAUGUGGGCAGAAGAUCAACCUUCUGCAAGAUUCAGAGGUCAGCUCUCUCCGCCAGAAGACCUUGUCGGUGCUGCUGGCCUCUGAACUCCUCGCCUCUGAUCCCCCCCGUGACGUUGUUGGACCCGGCAGCGUUCAGUACCUUCUGAGCCUGGCCCAGGCAGCGCUCAGUGCCAGCAUAGAGCUUCCUGACUUGUGGGACAGCUCUCAUCUGGCUCCUCAGCUCGUGGAGCGUCUGCUGAGAUGCCCACAAUAUGAGGUGAGGGAGCUGGCAGCGGAGAGCAUCCUGAGGAGGCUGAAGGAGGAGGAGGAGGAGGAGGAGGACAAGGGACGGCCGCUGUGGCUUGAUGAGACCACCCUGUCUAACCUGACCAGCCUGGCUCUUCAUGAGCAGCACCCUCAGUGUCUGGCCAAGGUCCUGCAGGUGUUGAGCGAGUGGAGCUGCGGCAGGAAGCUGCUGUGGAGAGAUGGAGAAAAGUCUCUGUCCCAGGACGAGGUCCUGCUGCACCUCCUCAACCUGACCCAGAGCUCCACUUUCAGCGUGGAGCUCCACUGUGCCGCCCUGACGCUGCUCUCCCAGCUUUUGACUGAGAUGCUGACCCUUGACCCUCAGUGUCCAAGUGCAGUCGCUUGUUUGGCCCCAUGGGGGGCGCUGGUGUGCUCGUGCUGUGAUGAAGAGCGGCCUGUGGAGGUGAAGCUGACGGCAACCAAGGUGCUGGUUGGCUGCACAUCCAGCCUGCUCACCAACCCUGGUCCGGUUCUGGGUCUGCCCACGACACUCUCACUGUGGAGGAGUCUGUUCCUGCUGCUGCAGGAUGAAGAUCAGGAGGUCCGUGACUCUGCCUCAGACUUCACGUCUCAGGUUCCGGCUCACCUGCUCAGCACAGAUGCAGCGGCGGUCCCCAUGUGUCCUCCCGCGGCCCUGGAGGUCGGCGUGGAGCUCCUGUGUCGGCUCUUUGAACUGUGGGGGCAGAUGGGAGCGGGCGUCCUGGUGCUCAUGCAGUGGCUGCUGGGAGAGGAAGAUGAGGAUGAAGGUCCAGAUGAAGCUUCCAGCCUGGAUGAAGAGGACUUCCUGUUCGAGAAGGGUGAUCGGAACCUGUGGGCCGAGCCGCUGCUGUGGGUGAAGCUGCUCCACAGACACCUCCGCCCCCUCGUUCUCCAGCUGGACCAGGAGAGGCCGGAUCCCGAGCAGCUGGUCCUGAUGGAGGCGCGGGCCCGAGCCGAGGCUCUCCGCUCCCAGCAAGCCCUGGAGAGCCUGCCGGCCCUGCCGCAGUUCUGCUGCGCCGCCGAGCACGCCCGGCUGACGCUGCGGCAGCACAGGGCCGGCCUGGUUCUGAAUCUGCUGGAGGAGCUGAGCUCCAGAACCUAACGGGCUGGACAAAGUUUUCCAGAUACCUCUGUGAGCAGAUGUUAAAAAUCAGACUUUUUUACGUAAUUCUUACCACCUGAAUGUUUUUAGAAUCUCAUCGACCCCUAAAGAUAUUUGUUUUGUUUGUUUUUUUACUUUAAAUUAAACGGAUUAAACCGCAUCAGAGUCGCUGCUUCAAUGACCAUGUUGGAACACAACUGUGCCGGGAUGUUUGUGAAGCAGCACCUCAAACUGUCCGCUCCUGCGAGCAGCUCGCCACCUGAAGCAGCGCCGCCAGCCCAGAGCGUCUGACACGUCACCAGGGCUGUGUUUGUGCGCGACUCGUACUGUAUGUUUAAAGGAGGUGUUAUUCUCCUGUGAUGUUUAAUUUACUGCAAAAUUCCUCCCAUUGGUGGGCUGUUUUUAUGCUUCCCUCUGGUUUUCCUGCUUAUGUAAUUAGGCGGCAGGCACAAUGGACCACUGUCCUGCACGGGUGUGUGAGUAAACUCCCGCUGCCCUGCCUGUCCCAUGCUGCCGACUCAGGCCCCGCUGCAGAAAACCUGACGUAAGGUUCCACAACGUCCCCUCCAGCCAAACCAGCCGUGUGAUGCCGGGGCGCUCCCUCAGGAGGACGCGUUCGAGGGAUUUCUCAGUGUCUGUCCUUCACAUUAAACUGUAUAUCAACAUUUUACACAGCACAAAUCGUCCCGGGGCAGCCCUCAGCCUAAUUUUAGGGUUGGCAGUAGUAGAUUCCAAGCUCUUAUGUCACUUGUUUUUGUCCUUGUUGCUAUUUUCCUUUCCUUUUAACCUCUAAGUAUUCAGCACUGAAAGAACAUAUUGAAAGAUUAAUGGAAAAACAUUUGCAAUCACUCCUCCAAUUACGAUAAUAUAUGGAAGAAAAGAGCACCAGUGUUUGACAAACCUGCAAUUUUCUGGUCAUAUGUUGCCAUGUUUUUGUUAUUUUUUUUGUUUGUUUCUCUCACCGUCCUUUCUAAAAUAUCAGCUUGCAGAGCCCUGAUAUAGACGUCCCACCCUCUGCUGCCAAUUCUGCAAUCUUUCCACUCUGCUUUUUAAGCCUGACAGGAGUCCAAAAGCAGACGGAGAGAACUUUGACAUUUUUUUGUGAACAUUUUACCAUCUACGGAAGAUUAUUUCAUGCAGACACCGCAACAGCAGGGGUUUAUGUUGUGGAAAUGUCAAGUAAGAACACUCUUAAUCCUCAGUAGUCGCUGAACUCACUGGUGAGUUUGCCAAUCUCAUUGGUUGUUUACCAUCACAAAGAAAAAGACUAAAUUUACUGCUAAGAAUUUAGUUUAUUCUGGUUGAUCGUGAAACUAUUUGUGUUAUAUAAUGAAAGAAUAUCAGUUUAAGAAAAACAAGUCUGUGGCUGUGCAAAAAGGAUGGAUAUCGAGCAUUGCAGCCAAAACAGAUUUUAGAGAUAAGUCAGAGCAAAUUGUAAAGUUAAAAAAAGGAUCUAAAAUUACUAAGGACUAGGACCAAAAAUGCAUGACUAAAGCUUCUAUUUUAGGAUUUAAUCGAAAAUUCAGGAGCAGAAACUUAUUUUUGAAUCACUUCUUUUCUGUUCUAGUUGUAAUUCAAGUUCUAAAUGUCACCAGCAGAUGGCGCUCUAGUCAUGUUAGUGUCAGUUCACGCGUUGCUCUCCAGGGGGCAGUGUUGUCCUGCCGCUGAAAGCACAUUCCUGCAGCCUUUGCCUCUGAAACUUGGAGAAAACAAACUGAAACGGAGGAAUUGGAGCUUUGGAUGAUCCAGAAAGAUUGGACGUGACAGGAAAAGUUCGAUGGCUUUCGAAAAAGGUGGGUCACGAAAGCGGCAAACUAAACUUUAUUUUUUUUAAGAGCACAUGCAGACUGGAUGGGACUGUUGUCGCAGUGUGGACGCUGAUUAUGCAAUCAGUGGAUUCCAACAAUUCUGCGUGGACUGCUCCCCGCUCAUAGCUGUGGUCUCACCCCGUCCACAGGCAGCUGGAGGGGGGGGGCAAACGGUUUCCAGACUCUUCUCCGUGUUCAUGAAACCCGAAAAGCAAAACCCACUUCCACAAAAGUGUUUGAUUAGAAAAGGAGGAGUAGGAGUUUUUUUUUUUUUUCCGGGGGGGUGUGGAGGUUUUGCGCGGCUUGAAUUUCAAGGCGUGGUGUCGAAGAAUAAGCGACCAACCCGGGAGGGGAGGACUUUCUUGCGAAGCGCCAGGAGGCGGCUCCGGGGGUGGGGGGGACACUUGGCACCGCCUUCCUUGCGUCCCGGCCGCAGUCAGGGUUUAUAACCGGGCCGGAGGCUCCGGCUCACAGUGAGGCAGCUCUCUGGUUCAGCGCUUCUAGCGGGGAGGAGACGUAACCACCUUCCAGCCUAUCGACACAAACCUGCCCCCCUUCUCGACUUCCCCCUUCUUCCAGGGACGUACAACUUUUUUUCCAGCAACUUUCCCCAAAACCAGUCGUGGCACGAACCAGCACUCGGUGCGUCCAGGGAUCCAGCUCGGUUCUCCAUGAAAGACGGCGCGCGGCUGCAGCUUUGGGGAUCAGAGAUGUCCGCGACUGUCCUGUCUGCGUUCUACGACAUGGACAUGCUUUAUAAGCAGCACGACAAAAGCAUGAACAUGAACGCGCUCCACAUCAACAACAUGCUGGAUAAGAAGGCGGUGGGCGCCCCCGUCGCGGGCCCGGGCUCCGGCGGCCCCUUCACGCCGACCUUCUACCGCAGGAACUCGACGAGCAGCGUGGAGGCGAUGAACAACAGCAACAAGUUCUCGGUGGGGCCCUACUGCAGCC